CAGCUUACCAAUGAGAACAUCAAUGGGGCUCAAGCCAUCAUAGUUCUUAGGAAUAUAUGGCAAGCAGAUAAUAUUGCUGCCAAGGCCCAAUGGCGAGCACAAGUAGAAGAGGACAGGGAACGAUGUGAGCACGUACAAAGACUCAACAAAGAGGAACAAGAAAGACAAAAACAGGACCACUGUGAUGAGGACGAAGCAGCACAGAAGGAGGAUAGGAAAAAGAACAAGUUCAAGUACACUGUCAUUCCAGACCUUGAUGUUCCUACAAAACCCGUAAUCAUCCCGUCUUCAUAUGUGAUUCGAAAACUCGACAAAGGAGACUAUGUCGAACUCUGGUAUUUCACCAACACCGGUCUUGAUGAGGCGAAGCUCAAAAGCUCCAUUGAUGAAGAUGCCAUGGUCAUGGUAACCUUAGCAGGGGGAGAGACAGCAUGGGUAUCAGCAGCUUCAAUGCAAAAUGCUGGAGCUGUUAUUGAUGAUCGACACCUUACAUUUGAAGACUUUUGUUAA